AUGAACAUGGAAAUACGAGAUUUUCGUGUAAUAUUCCUUUACCAGUUUAAACUCGGUCAUUCAGCAGCUGAGGCUGCAAGAAGCAUCAGUAAGCCGUUUGCGGAAGGGAGUGUAAAUGAACGGACCAUUCGCCAUUGGUCUGCUAAGUUUUCGAAAGGGAAUUGGAACACUACCGAAUUGGAAAACGUGUCCCGCGGAAGACCUCCAACGAUCGAUGACAAUGUCCUUAAGCUUCAGGUGGAAGAAAAUUAUUAUCAAACAGUCAAAAGACUCGCAGCACAAUUAAAUGCAAACCGUGUCAAGACAAUUAAGGAACAGGAAAAGUCAAAAAGCUUGAUUUGUGGGUCCUUCAUGAGCUCACGGAGCGACAGCGGUUAA